AUGGAUUCCCAACAACUCUCCCUGCUGUCAUCCUUGAAGGAAGAGUUGAAGCCUGAGGAUUACAUUCAGCCCCACUAUAAGGAGGCCUAUCGCCUUGCCAUUGAUUCCCUGGUGAAUGAAGGCAGAGAGAGCUACCAGGAGUUCCUCAAGGCCGAGCGGAUAGGGAGCUUCCUCUCAGAAGAUGAACUCCACUUCAUCACUACAAACGCCUCACAGCCAUUGCCUAGCAACCACACAGAAGAAAUUAAUGGCCCAGCUCCGGACACUCCGGCCAGCAAGUCUUCAACUGGGACGUACUGGCCUGUGCACUCAGACAUAGCAACACCCGACCUGGAGUUAGGGUGGCCAGAGGUCACGCAUGAUAGACUGCAAACCAAUAUAGAUCUGCUCUUCCAUCCACCCAGACUAAACAGCCCCACCAUCAAAGAGGUGAUCCGUAAACAGAUUCAAGAUGCCAGACAGGUUAUUGCAAUUGUAAUGGACAUUUUUACAGAUGUGGAUAUAUUCAAAGAGGUGGUUGAUGCCUCCACCAGAGGAAUUCCAGUUUAUGUGCUUCUGGAUGAAUUUCAUCUGCAAAGCUUUCUCUUAAUGGUUGAGAAUCAAGACAUCCAAAUCCCAAAACUUAGGAACAUGAAAGUACGGACAGUGAAGGGUCAGGAUUAUCUCUGCCGUUCAGGAGCUACAUUUCAUGGAGCAAUGGAGCAGAAGUUUCUGUUGGUGGACUGCCAAACAGUGGUGUACGGAUCGUACAGCUUCAUGUGGUCCUAUGAGAAAAUCAACCUGAGUAUGGUGCAGGUCAUAACAGGCCAGCUGGUGGAGUCCUAUGACGAGGAGUUUCGAACGCUCUUCGCCCGUUCCUUCGUGCUAGCAGUUCUCAUCCCUCCCGAGACUGUGCUACUAGAACGGAAUGGAAGACAUGCCCAGGCAAAGUAUGCUUCUGAAUCCAGACAAGCCUUUGAGAGGAAGGACCAGUUGAGACAUACCCUGGACACAGUGUACAGGAAAGCCUGUGAGAGACAGACGGGCAUGACGAGCCCUAUCCGAGAGAUGGAGGAGAGACUCUAUGACAAGGAGCCAUUUGAACACCGACCCAUGAUCAAUCACGGCGAGAGUGUUCAAAACCGCGUCCAUCAGUUCCAGUCUGCAGAGACUGUGAACUUCCUGAAAAGGCACAGUUAUGCUGGGGAGAGACAAGAAGUCUUGUAUGUUCCACACAACACAAGGUAUGGGGCAAGCAACUGGAAAGUGGCUGGAGAUGGAGGUAAUCACUGUGCUCCUGGAAGAAGCCACUUUUCCAAUGCUAUGGAAGACCAUUCUCAGGGGGCACAGAUAUACAGAGGUCGCAAUAUUCGCCAGUCCUUCCACGGGAAUGACAAACAAGUCCGCUCCAUGCAGCGGAACAUGCCAACUUUGAAGCACACGGCUAAGUCCUUCUUGCACACAUAUAGGAUAGAGUCUUACCUCAAUAACACUGAUGAUCCUAUUGGGGAAUCCUGUGACUAUCUGGACCAGUAUGAAGCUCCGGAAAUCAAAACUAGCUCAUUGAUUCCUUACAGACUUAAGUCAUCCCUUGUUUUCAAGUCCACUAUUCCAGAGAAACCGGAGACAAACAGUCACUCAAGCAGCUCUUCCAUACGUCAGGUCAACCCCUCUGCAAAGCCAAACAAUGCACCGUAUUACUCCUCAAUGCAAUUGCAAUGGAAUCCAGCAACAUCGAUGGAAAACAGAAUGAGACAAGAUGAAUACAUAAUGAAAAGGCGGAGUCUGCAGAUUUUGGAUGAUCCUAGGAAUAACAUUGGCUAUGGCCCAGGAAGAGACCUACAUCAGUCGGUCUAUGCCAGCCUGGGAAGAGCCAAAGAGGGACUGGUAAUCAAAACCCCUGAGCUCCUUCAAGACAACUGGCACAAAAGACACAGUGUGGCAGACUCAAAGUCCAACGGUGACUACAGAGUCAAUAAAGAGUUAUCCAGUCACAUGUAUGGUGGGGCCUUUGUGAGGAGUCAGCCAGAUGUUGGUGGAAUAAGAGUGGGUACACAGAACGGAGGAUAUUCUUCAAAUCUGAACAAGGAUCAGAGAUCUGUCUCUCAUUAUGACGUCAAAAACGAUGUGGACACAAAGAGCCCCCCUGUUUCCAUUUGGCAAGAGCCUCCCUCCAGAACUGUGUCUGCAGCAGCCCUUGAUAUGAACAGCAAAGAGCCUCCCUCCAGAACUGUGUCUGCAGCAGCCCUUGAUAUGAACAGCAAAGAGCCUCCCUCCAGAACUGUGUCUGCAGCAGCCCUUGAUAUGAACAGCAAAGAGACUCCCUCCAGAACUGUGUCUGCAGCAGCCCUUGACAUGAACAGCAAAGAGCCUCCCUCCAGAACUGUGUCUGCAGCAGCCCUUGAUAUGAACAGUAAAGAGCCCACUUACAAGUCCACCAGUACGGCAUUGGGUUCACCACGUUUCCUCAAGAAGAGCUCCAAGCAAAUCAGAUCAUUGCUCAACAUACCAAAGAAAAAAGAGGGUUCCCCUAAAGGGGGUUUCCCUAAAGGGGGUGGUAGCUCAGACACCAUAGUGACUGAGGAAGAGGGGCAAAGACCAGACAGAGAGAGGAAGGUUGCACCACAGAGUAGCACGGUACAUCCAACCAAAUCCCCUACCAGGCUUCAGAUGGACAAGAACCACUGUGCAGAUGAUAUAGGACUAUCCUCAACCCCUCGUUUUAACACUGAAGAGCUGCACCAAAACCUUCCUGCCAGAACUACAUCCACGGGGACACAGGGGCAGCACACUUCCAUUGAUAAAAGGCAUGAAAGGGCAAGCCUUGCAUCAGGAAACUGGCGUAGCGAUCGGGGUGGCGAUAGUCGUUUGUAUAGCAGAUUUGAGCCUUUCUGUUCAUUGGAGAAGGAGCCACCCCACUCCUCACAAUAUGUAACAGGCCCUGCUAAAAGUAGCUCCACCAAUGAACAACACAACCACAGUGGCCAGCAGAUACAUAGCCACCAUGAAAACAAACUGGGCAAAUUCAUUCAAAGAGUGGGGCAUUUCAUUCACAAAAAUAAGUAGUAGAAAAGAAAGUUAGCAUCUUGAACCAAUACAUCAUGGAUUACUGGUCAAAUUUACAAAACGUUUCAAGGGCCCAAUCAAAUGGUAGGCAGAGUGGAAACAGAGUACUGCACUAUUUAACUUGAAAACUGCUUACAUGAAGAGAUGACAUCCUUUCAGGACUCUUUAAAGCAGGGCUGACCAACCC